CCAGGGGCCGGCGACGCGCCUACACACCUGCACGCCCCGUUAUGCUCGCCGUGCGCUUGUGAAUUCCGCUUACGCGCUCGUUGACUACCUUGUAGUACUUUGACCGAAACCAAAAUCUGCUUGGCCGACAGGUCGACACAUAUGCAACAAGCCGAAUCAGCCUAAGAUCAAGCAACGCGCCGCUCGGACAAAGUUCAUCGCAAUACUAGGCCUUCCAGCGACGCUGGCCCCUGCAUCCACGGAAGGAUUCUAGAAGUCAACAGCUGAAGAGGAUGUGUACCUCAUGGCGGACUCCAUUGUACGAGAUUUCCUUCUUGAUUGUAAGUCAGUGACAGAGGCUGAAGUUCACACUUUUGCCAACACGAUACGUGACAACAAUGAGCUGAUUGAGGCCAUCAUCCUGGUGCUAGAAGAGAAGGAAUAUCACCGGGAUUUUCUGGAGCCCCUGUGCGAGCAGCUGUUCAUCUUCUUUCAAGCCCAGGAAGAGGCGUUGCGUCAGUUUGCUCACUUUUUCCUUCCCUGCGUGAUUGGCAACUACCUCAGCAGUGUGCACAGGAGGGACCUGCGGAAGUCUCUCAACUGCCUGGAAAUCCUUUUGCUGGGUGCUUAUAAUCUGCAAAUUCUCGACCAUGACGGCAAGCCAGCGACGACAUUGUACCACAUCCCAAGCAUUAGCAAGCCUUCGAUAUACCACGAGCCCAUAUCGCUGCCGCAGCCCCAGCUGACUGAAAACAUGCUGUCCAAGCUGGAGCACGGAGACCAGAAAGUCACGCAGGGCCCAUAUCCUGCCAUUGAUUCACUCAGUGCGAGCAACAGGCUGAAAGUGGCUAUGGUCCUGAUGCGUGUCUACAACCAGUCCAUCAGUACCAUGCCUCAGGCAUCCAGGGCCUCAUUUUGCAAGAUGUGCUCAAGGGUGGUGAACCAAGGGACGUUAGAAACUGUUCGACGGAUGUCCUUCGACAGCAGCUUGCCAGCCAGCUUUGCACCACGUGUCAACUUGAAUUCGGAGAUCCUCCUGGAAAUGCUGCAAGCUAUAUACUACUCUAUGUUCAACGGCUUGUUUGUCCUUGCACAUCAAGCCCUGAACGACAUUCAUCGGCGAGCCAUGCAGCAGAUGUACUCUGAUGUCUUAGUGGUGACAAGUGCCAUCAAGAACUCGCUAAUGGCCAGUCAAUGUGGACAGCCAGCCGAGGGGCCGAUGGGCAUCAGUGUGGCCAUUUCACCCACCACCUCCACGACCACAGUAUCAAAGGCCAUCAUCACCAAUGCCUCCUUCCGCACCAAGAAGCUUCCAGAUGACAUUCCAAUCCCAGAAGACAACAUUGAGAACCUACCACUGCCAAACGAUCCGGGCCUCCUGGGCAUCAUCAAAGAGGAAGGCGAGGAGGCGGCGGGGGGUGCCAUUGCGGGUGCCAAGGCCAUGAUGCAUGGCUUGCCCAGCCUACCUGGCAUGCGCAAGCUUGUUAAAGGCAUCACACGCAAAGAGUCAAUUGACAAGGCUGCUGCUUCUGGCGCUGCUACUGCUGCUGCUGCUGCUGCUGCUCAAGACUUGAAGAGUCCCGUGUCCACAGAUUCCCAGCGGACACAUGAAACUGUGUCAGGCCUGCAGUUCUUGGACCAUGCGCCAGCGGGCUUUGAACAUGUGUCAGACUCUCGGAAGAGCUCAUCAAAGAGUAAGGAAGCAGACAAAAGAGAGCAGGCAGGCACACGCUCUGCAUCUGCAUCACGAAGUACUGCGACAAAAGAGACUGUAGACAAAAGCAGCAAGUCAGAUCGAAAAGAGGUAUCUCGGAAGGAUGCCUCUGACAAGAGCAGCAAAACCGAACGGAAAGAACCUUUGGAUACCACUGGAAGAAACAGGACGGAGCAGAAUGGUGGCACUGCGGAUUCCCAGGGCAAGGUCUCAGCAAAGAGUGAAACAGUAGAGCCACGCAAUGGCAUCGACAAACAUGACUUGUCCCACGACACGGUGGGGUCCGCGGAACUUAAAAAUUUGGCUACGGCAGAGAACACUUCGUACCCGACCAAUUCGAGGAGUGAUGACAAGUCGCAUCGAACCACACAGGUGUGAAGAUACGUGCGGAAGUGACCACCUCUUAAUAGGCUUACCAGUUGUGGUUUUCUUUGUUAUCAUCAAUUCUUUUUUUGCUGCCUGUAGAAACUGGCGACACUUAAUAGUGCGGAGUAUGGGCAUGCAGUGUGUCGUAGAUGUGCUGCAGCAGCACAGCCUGUACUUACAGAGCCUUUUCAAGCCAUUUGCCUCUCUUGACGCUUCGGAAAUUUAAAGGAAUUUCAAAGCAAUACCUAAGCAUUGUGCCAUGGCUGUGACAAGUUUUGUGCUGAUUAAGUGGCAGACAGGGAAAAGAUGUGUGCUUUAGGCAACGAGUAAGUUCAGUCCAUCAACAGGAGUGCACUCGCUUUGCACUCUGAAAUCUCUCGGUGCCAACGACAGCACCGACCCUGGUGGGUGCAAACAUAUUGCAAUACAGGUGUUCCUUGUGAUCUCGGCACACACUGUUAUGUGUUGCACUUCAAGCGCACGUUUUCUGUAUUGUUUGUAAAUCCUGUUACAAGGUCGUACGGACAGCUUUUAUUGUGUUUAUUCUUUUCCUAGAAUAUGCGCCAUGUUAUAUGUACAUAGCUUUAGGGGUGACCUACAGUUUUGUUCCUCAAGCAUGCGGAGGCUUGGAGUCAGACUUCACGCUGUUUCCAAAUACUCUGCUGAGAGCACGAAGCACCCUUGUUUUACUCACCAAAGCUAAAUGUAAACCCCAUGUGUAUAUAUAUGUAGUUCAAGUUAAUGCACUUGGCUAGACACAGGACCCCAAUAAAUUAAGGGAUCCACUGCCUUUUGCCAAAUGUGCUGAUUCAUAGAAAAACCGGCAACAUGAAAGUUUUCCGAGUGCCUACAUUGUUCCUCGCUCUCUUUGCGGCAUCUAGACGUAGACUUAAGAAACCUGUUCCAAACAAGGAAUCUGUGAUUGAUGUGUGUUGACUGUCCACCUCUUUUUUUCUUCUUGUGGCUGCUCUGCAUUGGCACAUCUUCUGUUUUGCGAACUUGCUUAUUCAUUCCUGUCAAUGUAGCUGAAAUUGUGUUUGUGCUAGUGUGGGUGACGGCCUCGUGCAGUCGUUAAUGUGCUGUCGACACUGUACUGCCAUUGUUGUAGACAAACUGGAAACACCUGCGGAUAAAAGUUGCACCAUGUGUUUUUAGUACAAGCUCAACACAGUUCUCUUGCAUAGGUGCUUGCAAAACACAAGGUCAGGCCCAAGGGUGUUUCAAAUGUGCAGAUUGGAUGUGAGCAGAGUGUGAAUUUCUUUUUGAAGACUUCUCUGUGUGAUCUUCACUCUGGUGCUGAAGCUCAUGCGCUUUGUUUUUGUUUAGGCAUUAAUGGUUCAUUCAUUUUAGUUGGCAAAAGGAAUGGCAGCCAGCCAUGGUGCUUACAAGUACAAUAUGCAUGAGAACUCUGUAAGAGCCAUUGCCUCAUCAGAUAUCAGCACUUGAGAAGAUGUGAGACAAUGAGCAGUGUUUGAAUUUUGUGGUUGUAAACUUGACGUCUCAGCUGAAAAUGCAUAUCUAUCCUUUAGUCUAACUAUUGGUAGGCGUUUGGGCCCAGCGUUGUAUUUUGUCUUUGAUUGCCCGGAGCAUUUGUGGAAGAGAAUGGGGACUCAAACUUGCUUACAUGCCACAAUUACAUUUUUUUUUCUAAUUUUCCGUUUUAUUUUUGUGCUUAGUGAUGGUGCUGUGGGCUUAUUGAAACGCAACAGGCACGCAUUCCAGAUGCACCUGGUGUAGUUCUUUUUAUACGUUUUAAGCUUCUUCCCGGUUACGUUUGACAUUUCGUUUUGUACUACCACAUGAUGAAAAAUAACGUCUUUUGCACGAGUGCUCAGUUGCCUUCUGCCCCUACUGUCUAACCGACGCUUUUCUGUUUUUGACUCUUUUUUUCUUAUUGUUAUUAUUUUUAUUGUUAGUAUUUUUAUUUUUAUGCAGUCUGGCCUUUACUAUAAAUGAUACCACUCUGCCUGUUAGCUGUAUUUGGGUAUUCAAUUGGGGAGCUGGUAUUAUUUGAGAUUCCUCAUAGACUAUUGUAGGUGAAGGGAAAUCUGGCUAAUUUCUUCUGAAUCGCACAUCCCUCACACAUUUGCAUGUCUUUAACAAAGUGUGCAGGGGUGCGAGGAGUGAUAAUUUACGAGUGAGUUUUCUUUCUUUGUCACACGAGCCCUUGCUGCUAAUGAGAGUGAUGGAGCAUCUCUUCAAGCUCGCACUUGCUCUCUUGCAUGCACAUCUAUACAUCACAGGCACCUUCUUGCGAAACGUGAUAAAUUGAGGCAUGCAAGUUUUUAUGCUAAUCACCCUGCGUUUCACUGGUGCCACAUGCUCGUUUCAGUUAUUGUACAAAUGUAUCUGAAGGGAUAAAAAUUUUUCAGGGCUGCCACUAUCGUCUCUACAAAGUCCUAUAGCUUUUGCAGCAAUCUACUGUUGAAGUAGUCUGCAUGUAUGCAUUCUCGCUGGUCCCACUGUCUGCCGUUUUUGGAAUGUUGCCCUCGUUUGACCAGUGGGCGGUUUUGACCAGUACCUGCAGGUCUACAUCAAUCACCUCGGUCACAUCGAAGCAGACACCUUUCAACUUCAUUUGGAGGAAUACUAAAUAGUUGCAAAAGGUAGAAUGUUGAGAAAAGUGGUAAUAUAAGGCUCUGUUUUAUUCCUCUAAGUAAAGUUGAAGAUUUGAGCAAGAAAGUUGCAAUGUUCGAUUAGAAAUAUUGUUAUUGUCCCAACACCUUCACCAAAUACCACUUUCACUGGGCAUUCCGAAAUCGACAUUCCACUCGGUCAGGUACAUUCACACGGGUGAGGACUACUAUGAACUAGAUAGCCAUCAGUAGGCUGAAACUGGGAUUUCUUAGGAAUGGUAAUGCCAGCCCUGAAAGUUUCGAAUCUCUUCUUACACCGGCUGCCACUUAGACAUGCUUAAGCUGGGUGUGGUGAGGGCUGCUGCUGCAAUCUUGGGUGCCUUGCCAUUGCAAGAUGCCAAGGCACUGCCAUGUUGUAGUCUGAUGUUACGGAUGCAUCAGUGAAAAACCGUGGUGCACACAUGCUUCAGCCGUCUGCCACCAUACUUGUCACUCCACUAGGCAAGUGUAUUGUGCUCACUGUGUCCUUUCCUUUGGGCCAUUUGGCCCUGUAAUGGGGAUCUCUUAGUGGUGAAGUUUCAUGCAGUGAUUACUGGAGGGUAACCUGGCACUGCGUUUGUUCAUGCAUCAUAGGAAUUGCGGGAAGUACAUUGGCUUUGAUGAGAGAGAACGUGUUUGCUGCUUUUCAAAUAGUUCUUCGAAUGUUUAUUAUGCAGUUUCUUGCAGAACUUGUAGUGAUUUAAAUAGAUUCAUUUGGUAUUUGUACGUCAGUAAAUUGGCAUAAUAUUUUGCAUACUUGGAAAUUGACAUCAUCCAUGGCUGAAUGGCUUACGGCAUUUUCAAAUGAAUUGUUCUUUGGGAAGCUCUGCAAGCAGCUGAAUGGUAGCACCUGGGGUUUAAAUUAAUUCGAUGUUUGCUAACAAAUUUGUUGUCAGGUUAGCUUCAAGAAGGUCCACAUAAAUUGCAGAGAGGUUUGAAGCCAGAGCUAUUACUGCAAAAAUUGUGCACACCACCCUUAAUUUAUGGGCUAGUUUUACUGCUGGAUGUACUGCAGGAACUAGUCCGCUAUUUCCCUCUGGUGGUCCCUGUGUGAAGCUGUGGUUAGUUUCAUUGUUCCGCAUGUGUUCUCAGACCAUCGAUAAUCAUCAAACACGUAACAAAAGAUGUGUGUAACACAGCACUGUUGUUUCCUUGGAGUCCCUUAUAUGUUAGAUUGGAGCUUAAAUAUCUGCCCUUGUUGAUCACUGUCGGUAUACGAAACUUGCUGAAUAUAUGCAUAUAUUGCGUGGGUAUUACAGGAAGCAAGUGUAUAUAAUUAUAAAUAUAUAUUAUAUUAUACGAUAAUAAAUUGUUGGCAAUGUUGA